UCACCGCCGCGGCUCCACGACCAGAGCGAAGUGCGAGUAGAGGAGGUUCCCAAACAUGCGUCUGUACCAGGCUGACCUGCUCAAUGAGACAGAAGAUGGAAACCUCCCUGCCUCCUAGACCAGCGGCGUAGUUCUAGUUGCCGCAUUUCAACGAGUUAGCUUUCUACGACCGGCCGGGGGGGUUAACCGGGGUCUUUUUAUUUAUUCAAGGGAAAGAUGGCGGAGUUCUCACCCGUGUUGCCGAUGCGGGAUGGAGGAGGACGGUUCGCUCAGCAGCCCAUCUUCCCCCGGUCCAGGUCCGGCUCCGAGUCCGAGAGCGAGCUGUCCCAGAGCCUGGCCCGAACCAAGAUCCGCUCGUACGGCAGCACGGCCAGCGUCACGGCCUCGCUGGGGGAGAAGUACAUAGAGCAUCGGGUUACAGACAGCGAUACUCUGCAGGGGAUUGCUCUCAAGUACGGAGUCACGAUGGAGCAAAUCAAGCGAGCCAAUAAAUUGUUCAGCAACGACUGCAUCUUCUUAAGGAACAACCUCAACAUCCCCGUGGUGUCGGAAAAGCGCUUUAUUUUCAAUGGACUCUCUCUUGAGUCUCCUGAUGGAGAAGGUGAAACGGCGUGCCAGGAGUCAGGUGGAUCCUGUAUAAUAACGCCGGACAUCGAGGGUCCAUCGCCGCCUUCUUCUCCGCCUCCCCCUGAGGAUACCAAACCUCCCCAAAGUCAGCCAGAGGAGCUGUCAGCCAAAGACUUCUUACACAGAUUGGACUUGCAAAUUAAGCAGUCAAAGCAGGCUGCACAGAGGCUGAAAGAAGAGGAAGUAAGGAGCAGUGAAGAGAGCUACACGGCCCCCCAGUCGUCCUACCAGGAGAUAUAAAAAGCCCUCUGUUAACCUGGAGCCCUGGCUCGUGGAGACACGCGUACACACUCCAACCACGCUACAACCUCAUCGCCCCCCGUCCCGCCCUCGGCCUGCCCACUGUUUGCCAUGUUGAACACGUUUCAUGUUUGCCUUCUUAUUUAUUGAAAUGCGACUAUUGAGAUGUAUUUUAUUACUUUUUUUUGGUACAGUUUUGCUAGGUUCCUGUGUACAUGCAAGCAUCCGCCUAGCAUAUGUGUGUGAAGCUGCUGUACAGAACACACCUGCUGCAUUUGUUCACACUCACACACGGCGCUAAGCAACUCCUGAAGGAUUAACUGAACAGACCUGCUAACUGCUUCCGAUGGUCUAAAUCUCCUCCUAGAAUAGGAUCAUUGGAAAGCAUAUCCAAGCCUUCUUCAUCAGUGUUUACUUUCUACAAGCAAAACUGACAGUGGAUGUACUCAGCCCUUUGGACAUGUCUCAUUUGCCUCCUAUUUGCUUUUUUUUUUUGGAAACAGAAGGCAGGGAGCUCUAUUUUUGAAGUGUGAAUGCAUUAUUUAUGUAAAUGGAAAGACGUCUGUGAUAACUUUUAUUGUGGUUUUAAACUUUUUUUGUGGGUUUAUUUGGGGGAAAUAAAUGUGUUUAAGC